AUGCCAAUUCUUGCUCGUUACCAUGCUGGCGACAUAUCCAUGGCGCCCCGGUUUAACAAGGUGGGUAUGGGUGGUGGCGCCCCGGGGGCGCUAUCGCUGGUAUCGAAGAAGGAAGAAGGAAGGAGGCCUAUGUUAUUUUUAAAUCCCUCAAAUCCAUCAUCUCAAACAAUCACCACCAAAUUAAACCUCCAUCUUCUCAAACAUUCACCACCACCACUGAAGAUCCACCACGACCACCGUCCCCCUCAACGCCUCCACCAUCACCGCCGCCACCCCCGACACCCUCACCUCCUCCACCUUCACCUUCACCUCCUCCUGAAUCAGAUUUACUGUUCUUGUGAAUCACCUCCGUCAAUCACCACCACCACUGAAGAUCCACCACCACCACCGUCGCUCUCACCGCCUCCACCAUCACCGCCGCCACCCCAGACACCCUCACCUCCUCCACCUUCACCUCCUCCACCUUCACCUCCUCUUGAAUCGGAUUUAUUGUUCUUAUGA